GACUCGGGCGGGCAAUUUGAGCGGACUGUUGCUGUUGUUGUGGCACCCGUGCGGUAAAUCGUCCCAGGAAUUUGCAAGGAAAGUCACAGAUAAUCGGAGAUUUCCAGAAAAGAAGGUCACGAUGAAUGAAAAGGAGGCUGUAAGCGUAAUGGUGGAAUGUAACGACACUAAUGGCUCGAUGCGAAGACGGUCAGCGCGGUUGAGCUCUUCUCCUCAGGCAGACGUUAAAAGUGAUAACAAAAUGGCGCUGGUUAAACGCUCUAUUACUGUAAGGAAAAUAGCGCCCAGGAAAACAGUCGCUCCGUCGGAGAACAACAAAGAAAACACACCGAGGAGAUCUGGGUCAGAAGUCAUUCAGCAGAAGAAGCCUAAGGUCUCAACUCCAGAUGCUAUCCCAGCCCGUGGAGGCUCCUCCUCGGCCAAGAAGAAGAAGUCGGCCGUUAUGCCCUCGCCGAUCCUCCCAUCCUCACCGCCGCCCGCCUCUUGUCCUCCACAGCCGGCUGUAGAUCCAGAGGACGCGGUGUGGUCACAGAAAGUACGCAGAUCCUACAGCAGGCUCAGCGACAGGUCCUUCAACAGCCCCGACUCCAGGGAGACCUUGUUCGGGUUUGAGAAGCUGAAUACCCCCGAGGUGGUCCAGAAAGUCAGACGGUCCAAACCAGGCCUGGAAGUUUCUGGGUCGUUGUCUGGUCUGAACUCUUUCACAUCUCUGCUGGAGGCGGAGGAUUGUGCACCUGAAGUGGACCCAAACAUCCCAGGAGUGGCUGUGGUGAAGGAGAAGAGGAGGAGGAGGAAGGUCCAGCAGAUAGACACCACAGAGCUGGACGCGCUGGCUGCCCAGAUGAACGCUGAGUUUGAGGAGGCAGAAGAUUUUGAGCUGGUGGUCGAGUAAAUAUUAGGCCUAAAUGACUGUUUAAAGCAUUUUUUCCACUCACAGACUCUUGUUGGACAAUACAUACCCGUUGAUUUCAUACUAGAAAAUAUCAAGUUUUUCUAUGUUUCCAGCUCUACAUUUUGUACAUGUAAAAUCUUGGUAGUUUCAUGUGUUUUGUUUUUGAUUUAAUGCUCUUAAUGUGGUUGUUUUGGUCACUUUGUGAUGGUAUAGUGGCACACUGUUUUCACAUGUGAGCGUGGUUUUCAUAUGAGCUGUUGUUAUACAAGUAUAGAAUGUUUUCUGCUCUGAUUAUUUUUCAACCAUUUAUACAGAUUUUGUUCCCUUUAAACAAAUAACUUGAGUUUUCUUUUUUAAAGGUCCAAAUUGA